AUGGCACCUGCUGGCAGGGCUGUUGUGGUAGCGCUGUCGCUGCUGUACUUGUGCCGAGCAAUUUUUUCCACCGAGUUUUUCUCCGCGCUCACUUUCUCCGAGAGCGAGCUCAGCGAGCACGGCUGCGGCCCGCCGUCCGAGUGGGAGGAGUACGCAGCGGACUGCGAAACUGCUGUGCUCCAGCUGGAGGACCCUGACUGUGAGGAGGGCAGCAGUCCGCCGUGCGAGUCGGUUUUCUCUCUGAAUGCAGAGAAGAUUCUGAGCCAGGCCAGGCUGUUUGUGGAGCAGCGUCGCUUUCCGUUCCCUGUCGAUGACCACAACACCAACGAAGAGCUCGCCAUAGGAUACGUUCUGAUCGGCAACGGGCUCUACGAUGAAGCCAUCAAACACUUCUCCCUCUUACUGCAGGGAGAUCCGGAGCUGGUUAGUGCCAUGUACGGGAGAGGGAUAGCCUACGGGAAAAAAAGCCUACAGGAUAUAAAGAAUGCUGACCUGGCUCUGUACGAGCUGAGUAGAGUGAUCACACUGGAGCCCAACAGGCCAGAAGUGUAUGAGCAGAGAGCAGAGAUCCUCUCUCCUCUGGGCCGUAUCACUGAAGCUCUGAGUGACCUCACUAAAGCCAUCCAGCUGCAGCCUUCAGCCAGACUGUACCGCCACAGAGGAACACUGCUCUUCAUCUCAGAGGACUACAUCGCUGCUAUGGAGGAUUUCCAGCAGUCUCUGGAGCUGAAGAGGAACCAGCCCAUCGCCAUGCUCUACAAAGGCCUCACCUUUUUCCACAGGGGACUACUCAAGGAGGCCAUUGAGACGUUUAAAGAAGCGCUGAAGUUGAAGUCGGACUUUAUCGAUGCACACAAAAGCCUGGCUCAAGCCUACAGGGAGCUGGGUGAUUUUGACAACGCCAUGGAGAGUUUCCAGAAAGCUCUGCUGCUGAACCAGAACCACCUCCAGUCUCUGCAGCUCAGAGGGAUGAUGCUGUAUCACCACGGCAGCCUGCAGGACGCCAUCGGCAACUUUAAGAGAUGCCUGCAGCUGGAGCCGUAUAAUGAGGUGUGUCAGUAUAUGAAGGGCUUGAGCCACGUUGCUAUGGGACAGUUCUACGAGGGCAUAAAGGCUCAGACGAAAGUCAUGCUCAACGACCCUCUGCUGGGCCAGAAAGCCAGUUCCGAAUAUCUGAAAGUCAAGUACCUCCGAGAAUAUUCUCGAUAUUUGCACUCACACCUGGACAUCCCUGUAGCAGAAUACAACGUGGACCAAGAUCUUCCAGGAAACUUCAAGAACCACUGGGCCAAAAACCUGCCGUUUCUCAUUGAGGACUAUGAGGAGCAGCCUGGUCUGCAGCCGCAUAUUAAAGAUGUUCUACCUCAGGACUUUGAGAGUUAUUCUCCGGAGGUGCAGAAGUUGAUCUGUACGGCGGAUCAUCUGGGGUCUCUGAUGCAGUACAACACAUCUGGGUUUCUGCCCAACCUGCGCAUACACAGAGCUAUGGGUCUGGCCACCAUUGAGGUGAUGCAGGCGAUGCAGCGGACCUGGAGUAACUCGAAAGUGCGCGUCAACGGUAAAACCAGGCAGCUGCAGUGGAGAGACAUGUUCGACAUCGCGGUUAAAUGGAGGAGGAUUGCAGAUCCAGACCAGCCUGUUCUGUGGUUGGACCAGAUGCCAGCAAGGAGCCUCAGCAGAGGAUUCAAUAACCACAUCAACCUCAUCAGGGGGCAGAUCAUCAACAUCAGAUACAUGGAAUACUUCGGCAGCAUCCUCAACUUCAUCAAAGACAGAAUAUUAGUCUAUCAUGGGGCGUAUAAUCCGAGGGGUCUGCAGGAGGUGAAACAGGCUCUGGAGAAUGUGAAUAAAGUGGAGGAUCUGCUGCCUAUAAUGAAGCAGUUCAAUAGUAAAACGAGGGAUGGUUUCACGGUGAACUCGAAGGUGCCCAGUAUGAAGGAUCCUGGGAAAGAAUACGACGGCUUUACCAUCACCAUCACAGGAGACCGUGUGGGGAACAUGCUGUUUUCAGUGGAGACCCAGACGACAGAGGAGAGGACACAGCAGUAUCAGUCUGAGAUCGAAGCCCUUUAUAAAGACCUGACGGCUAAAGGAAAAGCACUCGUGCUCUCCUCUGAACUAGGGGAUGCAGAUGCGGUUUGUAAUCUAAUCCUGUCUCUGGUCUAUUACUUCUGUAACCUCAUGCCGCUCUCCAGAGGCUCCAGCAUCGUGGCGUACUCCGUGGUGAUGGGAGCGCUGAUGGCGAGUGGCAAAGAGGUCGUAGGCAGAAUCCCGUCUGGAAAGCUGGUGGACUUUGAGGCCAUGACCACACCCAGCCCUGACCGCUUCACUAAAACGGCAAAAAGCUGGAUGAACUUAAAGAGUUUGCCAAGUUGGUACCAGAACCUUCCAUCAGUAGCAGAGACGUUCCAGUUCUCCAGAACCAUGAUUGAAGUCCUUAACACAGACUCCUCCUCCCACUGUCCGAAAAAGUCCUAAUGGAGCCCUGUCCUGUCCCGAUGAGGGCUGCCCCCCCGCCCUCUCUCUCUCCUCUAUCUCUCUCUAUCUCUCUCUCUCUCUCUCUCUCCACAAGCCCCUACUUCUCCUGUCUUCCAUUUAAAGAGCUACUUCAGUGUAAAAAGCAGGCAAAGAUGGUGAAUCCACUUUCCUUCUUAGUCUUAAACAGUGUUUUUCUCUUCUGAGGGGAACAUUAAUGUCCCUGACAACAAAUAUGCCUGAUUUUUAUUUCCCCAGAUGGUUUAGUUUAUGAGAAUUAAAUGAACAAAGCACACUUAAACACAUUUUUCCUUCAUAGAUCUUAUUUAGAUUCCUAUAUGUUUAGAAUCUUUUGACAAUCACGCUUUAAUUAGUCAGUGAUUCUAGGCAGAGAAGGCAAAUCGAGAGCAAACGUGACCCUCAUGCCUUGUGUGUUCUCUGCUUUCACACCCCAUUCAACUCGAAAAGGGCUUGAAAAUAGGAUCAUGAGUCGAAACGUGUGUGUGAGAGCAGAGAAAAGAACAAAAAUAUGCAGAAAAGUCAAAUUAAGUACAAAAAUAUGAGACUGAGAGCCACUUAUUGAUUCCAAACACUUGAUUUAAAGAAGAAAGAAAUGAUAACCUUCAGAAUGGUUUGCGGUAAAAUGUGCAGCAAGUUUUCUUUCCAUAUUUUGGAUAUAAAAUCCCUCUGUUUUUUGGAAAGUGUUCUUUUUUUCCCUCAUUUUGGUGUUACGGAUCGUUUUACCUCUGUGUCUGAAUGUGGAGGAAUGUGGUGCUGUUAGGAGCCGAGAAACUGAUUUGCCAGAUCCUCCUGUUUUCAGCGUUUAUUUUAUGUCUCUCUCUCUGUCUCUACUGUGAACUUGACCGAACAAAAUGUCCGUUGAAACUCGACUCACUCUCUGUAUUUUAUUUUGAAAAAGCCUUUGAACUGAUUGACUUGAAACUUUUAAUCAAUGUUAUGUUUUAACCAGGUUUUCUUUUUAUUACGGUGGAGAUUUUUAUUUAAGUAUUGAUUUAAAGGCUGGAGGUUUGAAUGACUUUCCCGAGGAGGACGUUGUCGUAUCCUGAAAUUAAACUUGAACAGUGCUUGAGUUUUUUAAGAACUGCGGAGGACUCGAGUCAGUAAAGAGAUUAAAGAACUAAACCGCC